ACCCAGCUUCCUGCCGAGAACUUGCUCUUCCAUCCUGUUUCCUCAGCAACCUCUUACCAAUGUGAACUAAACGACGCCCGCAGUCUCCCACAUCUGUAAAGCAGGCGCCAACGGUUUGAGUGGAACAUCACGAGGCGCCAGGAAAAAACCCAGCUGGUUUCAUCCACGCAGGCGCGUGCGUAGAGCAACCCCGUAGAGGUGUGGGAACUUAAAAUAGCGCUAUGAUGGCUGGGAGUUAUAGUUCCACAGGAGGUGGUGGCUACGGUUUAGUUCCACCCCGUCCUUCCGUUCAACAGGGAUUGGGUAGAGUUACCCAAAAGGAAAACUAGAGAGGCCGGGUAAGCUUCCGAUAAGGGCAGUACGAGCCAAGAAUCCCUUCCUUGCACUGACCAUAGAGUGUAGCCUCCAAAGGCGUAGAAUAGCCGCUGUUUCAAAACGCAAAGGCGGAGCGAACAGGGCUGCAGCGAGAAAGCCUCAAUGAAUCAGUUUUCACGCAUGCGUACUUUGGUUUUCCACUUGCCCUAUCGUUGGCUUUCUACUCCGCGUGAAAGAUGGCUUCCCGCGCGGGACCUCGGGCCACUGGAACCGACGGCAGCGACUUCCGGCACCGGGAGCGCGUGGCUGAACACUACCAAAUGAGUGUGUCCCUCAAGUCCGAGAUUAAGAAGUUGAUCUACAUGCAGGUAGCGCUGUGGCUUCUGGUGGCAGCACAGAUGUGUGUUGCCCACUUCAAGCUACUGCCCCACGACCAGGUGGCUAUGCCUUACCAGUGGGAGUACCCAUAUCUGCUCAGCAUCAUCCCUUCGCUCUUUGGCCUCUUCUCCUUCCCCCGAAACAACAUUAGCUACCUGGUCAUCUCCAUGAUCAGCACUGGCCUUUUCUCAGUGGCACCUCUCCUCUAUGGCAGCAUGGAGAUGUUCCCUAUGGCUCAGCAGCUCUACCGACAUGGCAAGGCCUACCGUUUCAUCUUUGGCUUCUCUGCUGUCUCUGUCAUGUACCUGCUGGUGGUGGUGGCUGUGCAAGUUCACGGCUGGCAGCUUUAUUACAGUAAGAAGCUACUGGACUCCUGGUUUACCAGCACACAGGAGAAAAAGAAGAAAUGAACAAGUGGUUGGGAGUUCAUAUGCAUGCAACACUGUCUUGGGGCCAGGGGUGGGAGCUCAGGGGUGCCCUACUGAAGGAGAGGCAGAUGGUACUAUUGGGGUUCUCUGUCAUCCCCACCGUGCCCAGCUGAUGGGAGAUGCCAGAGGUUCCAUUUGAGCAGGGUGAAAUAUGAGCCUCUGUGGGUUUCCAAAUUGCUCUGGCAAAGACAGGGACUGGGAGUUGCAGUCUUGGGCAACCAUCUUUAUGGGAGGGAUUUAUGGGUUCUUCUGGGCAAAAGGGACGUAGUUAGUGCCAUGCCCUUGAAAAAAGAUGUCAUCCUCAUCCAGUUUGGGCAGAUGAAGCUGGAGGCUCCUGAUGAUUUCAAUGAACACUGAAUCAUGCCCAGGCAGCUAUGCAUUUCAGAAGACUGACACUUUCUGUGCUCUUGAGUUGAUUGGAUUCUAGUUGGGUUGGAGAACUGACCAUGGUGAGGCCAGGGGUCCCCUUGCAUUCACCCAUCUCGGAGCUCCCAGUUGAGAAUGCUACAGGUACCAGCCCUAUUGAGAGAUGUAUGUUAUAUGCAGUUAUUUUCCUAUGGGUGGCCACUUUCCUUGCUCUGGUGGAAGGAAGGCCUCUUGCUUUGAUGACCUUCCAGGCAGAGAAGAAAGCAGCUAUCACUCAGAUGUUGUCAAGCUUUGCUUUUGUUCCCUUGCCUGACAACAGUGGACUGGUGUAUGCCAAACACUGAACUCUGGCCCGUGGGACUGAUACUGCCUCUCAGAGCCCAGCCUGCUUUCUGUACUCAUGUAGAUGGGUUUCCAUCUUUGCUCAGAUGUCCCCUUGCCUUUUCCUCAAGCUGCCUGGGUGCCCCAGAGACUGUUGCUGCUGCCUCAUUCCCAGCUAAUGGGUUUUAGUGCACACACCCCACAUGCUUGUGUACCAAAUAAAGAAUUAACUUGCCAAA